UCGCCGCCCGCACCGCGCUCCAGCGCACCACCACGCUCCUCCUCCUUCCCCGCCUCGCACGCCGCCACUUGGCCACGCCCGCCGCCAGCGUCCCUCAACCGCUCAUGGCCGCCGCUCCGCCCCUCGUACCGCAGCGCUCCUUCUACAAGCGGCCCUUGCCGCCAUCCUGCACGGCGUUCGCCAGCCCCGAGGGCAAGCAGCUCUUCGCAAAGGCGCUCGCGGCGGGCACCAUGGAGAGCUACUUCAUCCUCGCACCACAAAUGGUGACGCAGAACGAGCCCGCCUUUUGCGCCCUCGGCACGCUCGUCCAGAUCCUCAACAGCCUCGGUGUCGACCCGCAACGGCGGUGGAAGUCGGGCUGGCGGUGGUACGACCAGGACAUGCUCGACUGCUGUCGACCGCUGAGCGACGUCGCCCAAGUCGGCCUCACGCUCUCGGAAUUCGCGUGCCUGAGCCGGUGCAACUCGCUCGACGCCGUCGUGCACUCGCCCUUGCUCGACGCAGCAGGCGGUGCCGCCGAGCGCGAGGCGGGCCUCGCCCGGUUCCGCGACGACCUGCGCGAGACGAGCAGGGGCAAGGGCGUCAUGGCGCUCAGCUACUCGCGCGCGACGCUCGGCCAGACGGGCGACGGGCACUUUAGCCCGAUCGGCGGGUACUGCGAGGAGGACGACAUGGUGCUCAUCCUCGACGUUGCGCGCUUCAAGUAUCCUUCCUACUGGGUCCCGACGAGGCUCGCGUACGACUCGAUGCUGCCGCUCGACAAGGCGACGGGCCAGCCUCGAGGGUACGUCGUCCUCGACGUCGCCGGCGCCGACUCGGGCUCGCCCGGGGCGCCCUUGUCACAGACGACCGUCACGCUCAACAAGUCGACCUGGGCGUCGCUCAACGGUUCGCUUUCGGGCCUCCUCCUCCGCUCGGCCAAGGACUCGCCGACCGCCACCGACCUCGUCAACACCCUCCUGUCGCACCUCGCCCUCUCGCUCCCGACCUCGCCCAUCGCCGGCCGGUCGACCGCCUCGGCCUCGCUCCCCUCGCUCCUCGACACCCUCUCGACGACCCGCCUCGCCGCCGCAACCCCGUUCACCUCGUCCUCGGACCCGUCCGCCGUCCUCCUCAACCUCACCUUCCUCCUCGCCCUCGUCUCGCCGCGCUCGCCACUCGCCGCACUCGUCCCGCCCUCGGCUGCGGCGGACCUCGCCGCGCUCGCCGAGGACGCGCUCGAGCGUGUGCCCGGGCUCAGGGACGAGGUUGACGGUGCGGCACGGCAGCUGGGCGCGCUGGGCGAGUGCUGCAGGAGCGAGGAGGACAAUGGGGCGGCGUGUGGGUGUGCGGGACCGGGGCAGGGGAGGGGGACCGAGGGAGGUGCGGCGGCGUGAGAGGGCGCGAGCAUGGUUCGACGGCAGGCUACGGCGCUCAGGUCGACACGAGGGUCACGCAGGCGGGAGGUGUGGUGACGAGCGAGGCGAUCGCGAUGUCAAAAGUCGAGGAGGAGGGAAACCAACUUUGGGCGGUGGGGUGACCGGGAGCGCCAGUUGUGCGGGACGGGCGGGCUCUCGAUGUUGAUAGAUCCCCUCUCUGUGUCUCCUGUAGACGGCCCCGCAGCGCGAGCUAAGAUCUGGCGGUGCCUCGUUACGCGUACGACUCGCGAGCGCUCGUCUC